CUCAAACACACAAUGAAAAUUGAAACUCCUCCAUGCCCCCACCCACCCCCACAGUGCUCCACUCCAUUCCCUGCUUCCAAUUUCAAAUCUCAAGCAUACACUGAAAACCUCUCUCUCUCUCUCUCUCUCUCUCUGAAGCAAUUACCUAAAUGGUGGUAGCUUGAAGUUUUGGUCAGCAAAAUCCACAAGCCCAGAGAGAGAAGGAGCAGUUCCUUGCUGGGUGGAUCUCAUCUCACUUACCGAGUGCUUCUCAAGAAAUGAGACCCAACUGGGAGCUCAGGAACUGCUGCAACCACGACCAAGUUGUCUUCUUGGUCACUGUCGGAGUCUGCACUGUCGUUAUUCUCGCGCUAUGGAGGACUAUAUUGCUGAAGCCAUUCAAGCUCGUUACGGUAUUCCUACACGAGGCCAGCCAUGCUAUCGCUUGUAAACUCACGUGUGGCCAUGUGGAAGGGAUACAAGUCCAUGCAGAUGAAGGCGGGACUACGCAAACGCGUGGUGGGAUAUAUUGGAUCAUCUUGCCAGCUGGAUAUCUGGGGUCAUCCUUCUGGGGAAUGCUCUUUGUACUAGCAUCCACAAAUCUUCUAACAGCGAGAAUUGCAGCGGGAUGUUUGCUUCUGGCUCUUGUUAUUGUACUCUUCAUAGCAAAAAAUUGGACGCUUCGAGGGCUCUGUAUAGGAUUUAUUGUAUUCCUAGGAGUAAUUUGGAUACUCCAAGAGACAACAAAAGUUCGUGUUCUUCGUUACGUCAUUCUUUUCAUAGGUGUUAUGAACAGCUUGUUUUCAGUUUAUGACAUAUACGAUGAUUUGAUAUCCCGCCGAGUACUCUCUAGUGACGCUGAGAAAUUUGCUGAAGUUUGUCCUUGCCCCUGCAAUGGAGCUGGAUGGGGUGCCAUUUGGGGUUUGAUAUCGUUGCUGUUUCUCUGUGGUGCCAUGUAUCUCGGUCUCGUUAUCUUGUCCUAAGCUUCUCUGCAGGAUGACUUUCUAUUAAAGAGCAGGGACACCGACCCUUUCAUGGCUUCUUCAGUUCAUCCUGUUAGGCAGCAUGAUUCUUUAUUCAUAUCAGAAUUUGCAGAAGAUACUAAUCCAAAUGGAGUUAAAACCAUCUCGUUUAGCCUAAACCGGUUUCUGUUAGCAUUCUGAGACUUGUUUCUCAACAUCAAGAUUACCGAGUUAUACUAAAGAUUGUGCAAUGUACUACUUAUUAACUGAAUUGUACGUGAGCGAUAGCAAUUCUUAUUUCAUGCUGGAACUA